GUUUUUCUUAUGAAUUUUCUGUUUACGAAGUGAUGAAUUUGUGUGAUUUACAAUCUAUUCGUAUUUAGUUAUCACUCAAAAAACGCAUGGGAAAUCUUUGAAAAACUCAUUUUGGAAUCAUAAAAUGAAAAAAAAAACACAAGGCAAAACAACUGCAUUUAACAUUACGGAUCCAAUUACUUUUGACAAAUUGUCGUUUUUGGGAUAUUAACACAUGCCAUAGACUAAUAAUACCACUUUUUAUUGAAUCUCUCACAAAUGCUACUUGUACAUUUUCAAUGAAAUUGUAAUCUAAUUUGAAUUGAAAUAUAAAAAUUUUUUAUAUUUUCAAUUUUUCUUACAAUAUUCCUUAUUUUAUAUGUGUACUAGGCCAUAAAUAUAAUAGCAUGUCAAAUUUUCUCAACAUUCGCUUUUAUCUAGUCGCUUUUUCGAUAUGGCCUUGCGUUUCCGUCAAUGCUUAUUAUUAUUGUGAUAAGCAGAAGGAGUUGUGUGGCACAAGUAAGCAUUUUAUGUGUAAUCCGGAUGAUGUGCCUAGUGCAGGCGAGCUCCUUGGACUUUUGCCAUUGACAGGCAAAAUUAAACGUCUUUAUGUGGAUCGACACAACGAGUACCGUAACAAACUAGCAGGGGGUGAACAAACUUUCAAAGGAGGUGGAAAAUUUCCAAAAGCCACGCGGAUGCGCGAAAUAAUUUGGGAUGACGAGUUAGCCUAUAUAGCUGGGCACCAUGCAAAACGCUGUAAUAUGAAGCAUGACGCCUGUCGUUCCACUGAGCGAUUUCCAGGCUCCGGUCAAAACCUCCAUAUACUGGGCUCAAAUAUAAAGCCAGAAACGGUAACAGACGUGGUAGUGCACGCGGUGGAUGAUUGGUGGAGCGAAUAUGUAUUGGUGGAUGAUGGCAAUCAAAUGGUAGAAGAAUUUCCAAAAGGCGCUGCCGACUGGCAUGAUAUCGGCCACUUCUCUGCCAUUGCAAACGAACGUGCAGCUUUCGUCGGUUGUGGUCUGGCGCUAUGUCAAAACUGUUCAUUUGGAUCUUAUUGUAUUGAGGUUACCUGUAAUUACUCAAAAACUAAUGUAGCGGGCACAUUCAUGUAUAAAAAAGGAAAUUCGUCAGCAUUCGAAUGUGAUCAUUAUGACAGCGUACAGAGUAGUAAAUAUCCGCAUCUUUGUGAAAAUACUGGAAAGAUAUUUACAGAUUAGACUCAUAAUUAGAUCUGUGUAUUAACCCAAAACAAAUGAUAUCUAAAUUUACAGUUUUUAGUCGUGGUAAUUAAAAUCCAGAUUGUUUUAAUGACAAAAUUAAAACAGAAAGUGGUACUACGAGUAUACUUUUCCCACGAUCACAACUCUCGGGAGUAUAACUCGUUAAUAUGUUGAGAUUAAGCUCAUGGGUUGUGAAAUGAUUAUUAAUUGUGCUAUAUUAGGGAAAUUUCUUUCAUUUCAAAAAUUUGUAUAUUUAAAGCUUUGAAAAACACUUAGUAACUCAAAAAUUUCUUUAUUGU